AUGGCUCGUAAGUGGUAUUUUAACUCAGAGGAAUUGAAGAACUCUCCAAGUUUUAAAGAUGGUGUCAGUGCGGAAAAAGAAUUGGAUUAUAAGCAGCAAGCCGCUUAUUUGAUCAAAGACUUGGGCAAGCGGCUAAAUUUGUCUGAAGUCAGUGUAAAUACUGCUACGGUGUGCAUGCACAGAUUUUACACUGAGCAUUCACUGCUCAAAUUCCACAGAUAUGAAGUGGCAGCGACGGCAAUUUUUGUGGCGGCAAAGGUCGAAGAAGAGCCACAAAAAUUACCAGACGUGAUCAGAGCUCUUCAUAUGUGUUUGAAACGAGUCGACAAUUACACGCUGGACACCACCACUGCCGAGUACCGGAAGAAUGCUAACUCGAUAAUUAUGAACGAGAACAUUUUCCUGAUAACAUUUGAGUUCGAUAUGGAUAUGAGUCACCCGCAUGCUUAUAUUCUGAAUUUCUGUAAAAAAAUACAUGCUAGCAAGGAACUUGGCCAAAUUUUUCUGCAGUUAGCAACUUACACUUUGCAGCUGACGUCAAUGUGCGUCAAAUAUAAACCGGCAGUUGUGGCAUGCUUCUGUAUAUAUUUGAUAAUUAAAUCGUCUAAGUGGAAGAUUCCGGAAGUCAUCGAUGGGAAUCCUUGGUUUUGGCUUCUUGAUUGCCAAGUCACGAAUGAUCUGUUUGUUGAAAUGGAUAAGGAAUUCAGCGAAAUUUUAAAUAAAAUUCCAUCACGAAUUAAGAACUGGGUGAUGUGUUUAUUGAACAGUUCUCCAACUGGCCAAUUGACUUCGACCAACUGCCAAGUACGGAGCUCUAUUUCGUCGGAUCAAGAGACAGCUAAAGUGCUGCAGGAUAAUUUAAUUGAAAGUAGGAAUACUCAAAUGACUCCAGCAACUUCAGUUGAUCUUAAUAUGACAAUUGAAACUAUCGAUAAUUUCAGUCAGAAACGGAAAAUAGAUACUGAUACUGAUGGUAAUUUUUCACCUGCUAAAAAAUGUAAAUUGUCUUAA